AUGUCCGACACGUGCGGCCCCGUCGUCACCGACGGCAACGUCGGCCUGGCCUUCGGCCUCGUCACCGCCGCCGGCCUGUCCACCACCAUCGGCGCCGCCGUCGCCUUCUGCAUGCCGUACUCGUCCUCGUCCAAGAACCUCUUCCUGGCCGGGAGCCUCGCCGUCGCGGCCGGCGUCAUGAUCUACGUCUCGUUCAUCGAGAUCUUCGCCAAGAAGGCCCUGGACGACUUCCGCGCCUGCGUCGAGCAGAGAUACGCCUACCUCUACGCAUCGCUCUGCUUCUUCGGCGGCAUCCUCAUCACCUACGCCUUUGACCAGGCCCUGCACUGCACCCCCGCCAACAACCCCAUCGACAUCGACGAUGCCGUUGGCCACGAUGGACACAUGAUCGCUAACAUCUAUGAGAACCAUGGGCACGACGGCAAGUCCUUGAUACGCAUGGGCAUCUUCGCCGGUAUUGCGCUAGCGUUUCAUAAUUUCCCGGAGGGUCUGGCCACUUUUGUCGCCGUCUUGGAGGACCCCUCCGUGGGCGCGAGCGUCGCCAUCGCCAUCGGCAUUCACAACAUCCCUGAGGGCAUUUGCGUAGCUAUGCCUAUCUACUAUGCCACGGGCUCCAAAAAGAAGGCCUUCUUCUGGGCUACCCUCUCUGGCAUGACCGAGCUAGUAGGCGCCCUGCUCGGCUGGGUCGUCCUGCGAAAGGUCUUUAACCACAUUGUGUAUGGCAUUCUCUUCGGCGUCGUCGCCGGUAUGAUGGUCUACAUUUCCAUCAAAGAGCUUCUGCCCACCGCGCACCGCUACGACCCAGAUGAUCAGGUCACCACGUUUGGCGUGAUGGCAGGGAUGCUCAUUAUGGCUAUCAGUCUGGUGCUCUUUGAGUUUUGA